AUGCUCCAAAGAACUUGCAAUACUAUACUUGCCUUGUGGUUUAUCUUUCCUUUCUCCUUCGGCUUUUGUGAAGAAGAAACCUUUUAUCGGGAUGUGGCCAUCAUAGGUGGUGGCGCCUCGGGAACCUUCGCUGCACUUAAGCUUAAAGAGCAAGGCAAAUCGAUUAUCGUAAUCGAAAAAGAAAAUUCACUUGGUGGUCAUACCAAUACCUACCAGGAUCCAGGCACCAGGCAGACUGCGGAGUACGGUGUUCAGGUCUUCCAUAACCAGCUGGUAGUUAGGGACCUUUUUAAGCGACUCAAUGUAUCUUGGACCAUUGCCAUCUUACAAGAUGAUCCAUUUCCUCCGAGAUUUCUGGACCCGAAGACCGCUGAGCCGGUUCAUUACUCCAGCCCUAAUGCCACUGCAGCCCUGGGUGCAUACGCAGCUCAACUGGCAAAGUAUCCUGACCUUGAACGAGGCUUCUUUCUUCCGGAUCCUGUCCCCGAAGACUUAUUGACGCCAUUUGGAGAAUUCUUGCAGAAAUACCCAGAUAUUCAGGAUGCAACUUUUAUAGCCUUCAGUUAUGGACAGGGCCUAGGCGAUUAUCUCAAACAACCAACAUUGUACGUCUUCAAAAACUUCGGGUUGGAUAUUGUGCGUGAUAUUUCAAGUGGCUUUAUAGUCACUGCAAAUCACAACAACUAUGAUAUCUACGCACGUGCAGCAGAGGUCCUUCAGCGCGAUCUGCUUUUGAAUAGUAUUGUCGCUAGUACAACGCAGAGAGAUGACAAUGGCGUCGACAUGAACAUCCGAACACCAAAUGGGAAUACCAGAGUGUUAGCAAAAAAGCUCUUGAUCACGAUACCUCCAAAGUUGGAAAAUCUGGGCCAUUUUGCACUAGAUCAUUGCGAGUCUAUUACCUUUGCAAGGUUCAACAACACGGGUUACUAUUCAUCGUUAGUGAAUAAUACUGGGCUGCCACAAAACUUCACUGCCUACUCUGUGAGCCCAGAUACCCAGCAGAAUAUCCCUAUUCUGCCCGGCGUAUAUAACGUUGUUCCGACGUCGAUUGAUGGUGUCUUUGCUAUCAAAUAUGGCAGUCCGAGCAGUUUAUCCGAUGACUAUGUCAAACGCGAGAUCAUCUCGUAUGUCAAAAAGCUGCAGGCCAACGGGCAUGCGAACCCGGUAUCAGGAGAUCCAACGUUUGUGGCCUAUGCAAAUCACGAUCCCUUUGAGUUAACUGUGUCUCCGGCAGAGAUUGCUCGUGGCUUUUACAGAGACUUUUAUUCUUUGCAAGGCUACCGAAGCACUUGGUAUACGGGAGCCGCGUUUCAUACGCAAGAUUCAUCGAUGCUCUGGAGGUUCACUGAUUCUUACGUGCUUCCGCCGUUGUUAAAAUCGUUUGGUUCAUGA